AUGCACAUCUAUGCCUAUUCUAGUUUUUGGAGAUCGUCCAAAACAAAAGGGUGGAAGUUUCUUGUUGAUGAAGAAACAGGAGGUAGACUACUUACUUUGGACACAAGCAAAACCUUUGACAACCUAAGAGUUAUGGUUUGUGAGGACUUUGGAACCGAUCUAAUCUUGGUCAAUAUCGACCUGAGUUACUUACCUUCAAAUUUGGUUAUUGGCCUCGACUCACCACCUGUUUUCAUCACCAAUGAUCGACAACUCAAAAAUUUUCUUACAUAUGUGAAGACCAAAGCUUCAACGCGGUUAUGUGUGUGUAUUCAAUCUAAGGUCGGAUUUAACUUGAAUGAAGAGCCUGCUGAGUUGCCUAACAGAGAGGAAGUGGGUAUGUCGGGUGAAGUUUCAGAUGAUAUUGAUGGUGAAGCCGAGCUUGAAGAGAAAGAUGCGAAGAUAGAUGAAAGUGAUGACGAAAACAAGUGUGAGAAAGAUAUGACCAACGGAAAGUCUGUCCGUUUUUCUCUGGUUGAUGUUGUGAAGAAGGGUCAACAUUUUACUAGCAAAGCAGCUUUGCAGGCAACAAUGGAAAUAUGCCCAAUGAAACAUAAUUUUGACUACACGGUUGCCAAAACGGAUAGAAGAGUUUGGUAUGUUCGUUGCGCGUAUGAUGAUUGCCGCUGGCGUGUUCGCGCAGAGGGAUUAACAGGUUCUUCAUAUUUUAUCAUCAAAAAGUAUGUGACUGAUCAUUCAUGUGCUCCAUCAUCAAGGAACCACUCUGUUCGGACCGUUUCAUCAAAAACAGUUGGUAGUCUCAUUAAGCAUAAGUACGAAACUGUCAAGGAAGGGCCGAAACCUAAUGAUAUUAUCCAGUUUAUGCGUGAUGAUCAUGGAGUUGAGAUAUCCUACUCUUUAGCUUGGGAGGCACGUGAGUAUGCAGUAAGUGUUGUGAGAGGCAUUCCAGAGAAGGGUUAUGAAAAAGUUCCCAAAUACUUGCACAUGAUGAAGGAAGCUAAUCCAGGAUCACGCACAUUUUAUGAAACUGAUAGCGAUGGGAGAUUCAAAUUCCUCUUCAUCGCAUAUGGUCAGUCUAUUCGCGGUUUUUAUGCUGCCAUUCAGAAAGUUAUUGUUGUGGAUGGGACUUUCUUGAAGAGCAAAUACAAAGGAAUAUUAAUGGUUGCUACUGCUUUGGAUGGAAACUCGAACCUAUAUCCUAUUGCAUUUGGAGUUGUCGACUCAGAGAAUGACCGCUCGUGGGAAUGGUUUAUGAAACAACUUAAGGUUGUCAUUGGUGAUGAUCAGAAUUUAGCUUUUGUGUCUGACCGGAAUAAUUCACUUGCUAAAGCUCUUGCAAAAGUGUAUCCGCAUGCUCAUCAUGGAAUUUGCAUUCACCACUUGCUGAACAAUGUUGUUACAUAUUUCAAGGGUAAAGGUGUCGCUGGUUUGGUGGCAAAGGCUUCUAAAGCUUACCGAGUAGCUGAUUUUAAGAAGCAAUUCACUGCUAUUUUCUCAAUUAGUCAUGCAAUUGGAAACUAUCUGAUACAAGCUGAUGUGAGAAAGUGGGCUCGUUGUCAAUUUCCGGGUUACAGGUACGAUGUUAGGACCAAUAACCCUGCUGAAUCAAUAAAUUCUGCUUUGCGUUCGCCAAGAGAGUUUCCAGUUAUAUCCUUGUUGGACAGCAUAAGGGAAAUGAUGACUCGAUGGUUUUUCAAACGUAGAGCUUUAAGUUCUAAGCAUAAACAGCCACUGACCGUUGCUGUAGAGAAGAAGAUUGAUCGAAGGAUUGAGAACGGUAAGAAGUUUCAGGUUUUCCCAGUUAGCGAUGACAGGUUUUUGGUUCGAGGUGACACUUUUGAAUGUAUGGUCGACUUGGUCAGACGCACAUGUUCAUGUGGGAAAUUCGAUUUGAUGAAAAUUCCAUGCAGACAUGCCAUAAAAGCAGCUUUCAGCGUAGGCAUACAAGCACACACACUCACUGACGACAUGUACACCACUGCUUCAUGGAGAUCGAUUUAUGAGGAAAGCAUAAAUCCUAUAAGUAUUCCGGAAGAUGCAUGGAUUGUCCCAUCUCACGUACAGCAAGCGAAAGUCCUCCCUCCAGAAACUAGAAGAGCUGCAGGUCGGAGAAAGAAACGUAGGUACGAGACAGUUGAAGAUAAGAUCCGCUCGUCACAAGGAACUCAAAGCUCUAGACGUCGUAAAUGCAGUCGAUGUGGUAUUGAAGGUCACAACCGCUCCACAUGUGAUAGAGCAAUAUAG